UUCCGCGUCGCCGCUUGCGCAAGAAGCUGACCGGAGUGAGAAAUGCCCCGCAGGCUCUUGACAGCUUCCCACCUUCCUGUUGCCGGGCUCCGGAUGCUCUUUCGAUCGAUUGAAAGCCGGAGCCGCUGUUAAGCGACGCCCCGCAAGGGGGAUCAGGAGACGGGCCUGGCAUUUAACAAGGAAAGGACUCCACCCGGCAUCCUCUUGGAGGCAAGUAUUACCUAACAGGUUUGACCGGAUCCCCUAAACAGGAGUCAAGAAAAAAAUGUUUGCAGAUGAUUGACACGUGGGUGCAACCCUCGGGAAACUCGAGCCCUUUCCCUCUCCUGUAAUUUGUAAGCAACUCUUCCUGGCUCCUCGGAUAUGGCUCAGAGAAAGAACUAUUUUGCGUAGCAUCUCAGUGAGUGACUUUUUUCCGGAUUCUUCAUUGCAACUCUUUUUGGGGGGGUUCCCUUUGAUUCUUUUUUAUAUACACCCUAAUUCUGCCCCCUCCCCCGUUUCUUUUGAAAAAUGUCAUUGAAAUAUGUGAAGAGUAAGCAAGGGCGGGAUCAGCUGUCUUAUAAAGGGUACCUGUAUACAAAGGAGCGUGUAUUUGGGAACAAAACUGUAUGGAAAUGCGCAAUCUACCACAGAGACCGUUGCCCAGGGAGGGCCCACACGUGUGACAACCGAGUCAUUAAGUACUUGCCACAUCAUCACCCUCCCAGCAAGACAGCUGGAGAAGACAAGAUAAUGGAGUGCCACGCAAAGGCCACAACCUCCUCUAGCCCUCAACUGACCCGCAAAGUGGUCCCGUCAAAUUCUGAUGGGUUGCUGGAAGCAGUUCCCACUAAGAAGCUGUGUAUCCAAAAUGUGAAACAGACAUUCCAGCGCUUGAAAGCACGCCUGAAUGCAACCCGCCAGGGGACUUGUGACUCACAAACGCCAUCUGCCACUGUCACCAAGCCCAUUCCUGAGGAAUCCUCGUCGCUCUCCUUAAUGCUUCCAGACUUGCAUGGGUCUUCAGAGAGAGUCACGGGUGGUAGUUCCAUGGACAUCCCUAGAUUCUGCGAGAAACCCCAAACAUCCCAUUCAACCCUUCUCCAGGCCAGCCAGGAAGCUGGGCGGCAGAGGUUUCGCUCGGGAACCGUACCACCAGGAUCAAAUCCACAGGAGAUCCUAUCCUGGAUCAGUGAGGCAGCUCGACAGUGGCUGUGUCCUCUGGAGCACAACAAAGAUCAGAUUGUGGACACGGUCAUCUUGGAACAGUUCUUGGCUGUGCUGCCGGUUGAUAUGCAGGCUUGGGUGAGAGCCAGGGAGCCGAGCAGCAGCACGGAGGCAGUUCAGCUGGCCGAGAUCUAUUUGGGGGACCAGGAAUUGGCCAGGGCUGGCCAGGAGCUGGGGAAGGACCUGGUCACCUUUGAAGACAUAGCUGUGCAUUUCUCUGAGGAGGAAUGGGCUCUGCUGGACCAGGGAGAAAAAACCCUAUAUUGGAAUGUCAUGCAUCAGAAUUAUGAUAACGUGGCUUGGCUGACAGGUGGGACAGAGAGCAAGAGGGAGGAGGACCCCUGGCAGCAAACUUCUGAACCUGUAGUGGAGUUGUUGAAAAAAUCCAACAAGGAAGAUUCCUGGGGCUCUGAGGAAGAUUUGAUUAGAGGAAACCAUCUGGAAAGGAAGCCAAAAAGCAGUGCAGGGGAAGAAGAUGACAUUCCUUUCAUCAGUAAUUUGAAGGAAAUAACCAGAGAUGCUGAACGAGGCCUGGAGACCAGGUGUGCAUAUUGCGGGAAAAGAGAUGUAUCAUCAGAGGAAGAUGCUAAAUAUGCAGUAUUAUCUGAGGAAAUACAGGAAACCUCAGAGAAGAAAAUCUCUCAGAAUCCUGAGGAAAAUUUAAUCAAAGAGGACGAGAAGGGUAUAGAGAGGCAGCAGUCAAACAACCCUAGAAUAGAAGAGAAAUUAAUUCUUUUUAGAAAUAACUCGAUGGACCACCAAGAUAGUGGGCUAGGUUGGGAGACUCCCUGCAUGGGUAUUAAUAGUGGCAACCAAGAGGAAUCCUUAAUACUUCCCCAUGAUCAGAGCAUCUAUAUAGGGGAUGAUUUUGAAUGUGUGGCACUGACUGGGGGGUUAUUGUUAAUAUCUGAAGAAGAAAUUUCCCAAAGUCCUGAGGUAGACUCACAGCCUGAGCCUAUGCAUGUUUAUUCACUCACUGAACUGAAUAAGGCUUACUCCCAAGAAAGUGUGAAUGGGACUGUAGAUAUAACUAGUAAGAAGAACAUUCUGGAAAGGGAACAGAUCUGCAGUCCACGGAAGGAAGGAGAAGGGAAACCUACUACUCCUGGAAAUGGUUUGCUUGAACAAACCAAAGCCCUGCUUCUCUUACAUGCUCAGCCAUCAUUGGAGUCCCAGCCUACAUGCCCCAAUCUGGAAGAAUAUUCAAAACACAACAGUAGUCAAAAAGGCAGCCCAGGAGAAGAUCUGUCUGAAGGCUCCAGUCAUAAGAGACAGCUUAUCCAGAGUAUAGCUUCUACCCAGCAGCCCCACUGCUCUGAUUCUGGGGCAAAUUCUGACUGUGUCUCAGUUUUGAAAAAACACAGAUUUGACAAAAAUGGAAAACCUUGUAGUGGGAAUAAUAUACCUGUCAAAUCUGUCCUUGGGACGCAGCGGAGGCUCUACCUGGGAAGGAAGCCGCAGAAACGACAGAAAUUGAAGAACUGGUGGGGCUUCAGAAAACGCGGAUGCAGGUUUCCUGAGCUUCAAAUGGGCCAGAGGGCUCCCUGGAAACGCAGCCCUGUGCAUGUUAAUGCCCAGCCCCAUGAAAUGCUCCAGAUGACAACAGAUACAAACAGAACAACCUCAGACGAUGGAGCAUCGUCCUCAGACUCCAGGGAAGCGAAAUGUUGGCAAAAAGCUUCCUCCCUUUCCCUUCUUGAUAAAAUGGUUGCUGAGCCUGUUACGACACAGUUAAUGGCAGUACUGGAGCAGGUGGCUGCAGACACGGCUGAAAUUAAGUCCACAGUUUCCAGGCUGCACCCAACAGUUAUCGGCAUCCAGAACGCCCUGGGGAACCUCUGUGGCACCACCAAUGAUGCCGAACACCGGAUCUCAGAUUUGGAAUUCACCUCCCGGAAUACUAAGGCCCAGCUGGUGCAGCACUGCAAUGAUAUUAAAGCUAUCGAGGCUAAGCUGGUUGGGAAAGCUGUGCAGACCAAUGUUAUAGCAGGACUAUGGCCAUCACUGGGGCUCAAGAGAAAAAUGAGCCCCUGAAGGUGUCCCCACCCCCACCCCAAACUCCUGAUUAAGCAGCUGGGGCUGACCAAAUACUUUUGUUUGGGGUUGGACAUAAGGUUCAGACUCAGGGAACAGGAAGUUUGGCACUGAUGGAAUUAGCACCUUGUUUGAAAACAUGCAAUCGUUUGGGACCGCACUUGUUGCAAUAAAUUAGAGGUGA